CAACUCGAUUUAACCAAAUGCGAGUUUGACUGCCGGCACCCCCGUGGAUUGAACGACCUCGCCUUCCAGUCUCUCCCGCUUAGAGAGAGAGAGAGAGAGAGAGAGAGAGAGAGUUACAGGAAUCGUAGCACCAAUGGCUGAUAUGGCGACAAGCUCUUCGACUCCGUCCGAGGACGAUAAGCCAGUGAUUGUUAGGGUUAAGCGCAAAGCUUCCCAGUCUCCCCUUGAAGCUUUCUGGCUCGAAAUCAACGAGAGGCCAUUGAAGCGGCCGUUGCUGGAUCUCGAGAAGCUUUCAAUCUCCGAUUCUUCUGGAAAGGCAGAGGCAUUGAAAUCAAAAAAGGUUCUUGUGCAGCAUGUAGAGACAACAAGCAGCUCAGAGGAUACCGUUGAUGUUUUGCAAUUGUUAGUGCCUAAACCAGCGGACGGAUGUGAAAGUAAGGCAAGAAAUGAGGAACAAAGACGUACAUUUACAACAGAGAAUAAACAAGAUCAGUUGCGGGGUAAAGCCAGAGUAAAGCAAGAGGUUUUGUCAAAAAAUGCUCGUUUUGAACAAAUAUGGAGGAGCAGAAAGGGGAAAAAAGAGGCGAUGCAUGAUGAUGCACUGCAUGAAAUGUGUCAUGUUUAUGAUGUUGUUCGCGUUGAUGUGGAGGAAGCAACCAUUGAAGUGCAUGACCAGGAAGAUUCAGAUUUGGAGGAUCACAGGAUUAUGUCUAGUUAUCUGCCUCUAUUACGAGAAUUCAUCCCAAGUGCUGCUGAAGAAGUGGAGUCUGACAUUCAUGAUUACAUGUCCAACCGAGCGUCCAAGGAUGAAUAUGUGUAUGACUUGUAUGCUGUGAAGGAAGAUAACAACACAAUUGUGGAAGGCACAUCAAACCCAUUUCCUUUGGUACAAGUUGAUGAAGAUAAUGAAUUCUAUGCUGGCCCAAUUGCAUCAGAUAAUGAAAGCGAUGAUUCUAAUGCUGAAGACAAUCCUAUGAAUGACUAUCCUGAUGAGGAAACUUCUGAAGACAAUGAGGAUAGUGGGAGCAGUACCUCCAAAGAUGAAUCAGAAGAAAAUGAAGAUUCAGAGAUGAGUGCCAGUAAAAAAUCUUCAGAACCUGAAGAUUCAGAGCACCAGAGCUGGUUAGAAGAGGCAGACCCCAUGUAUGAAGAUUACAUCUACGGUGGUGAUGAAGGUGAUGGUGAAGGUGAGGCUUAUUAUGAUAAAGAUGAGGGCUCUGACAAUGAUUACUGGAAAUGGUCCUACCGUUAACUCUUUGUUUACCGGAUCAAAGUCAUCAGCUUCAAGAGAAGUCGUUAUCUACUUCACCAUUGUAAAAGUUGCUCCUGAACUCGUGAGUGCCAUCGAGCAACUGAUUGUCAGUACAAGUAACUCUUUGUAAAGUUUCUUCGUUGAAGGCAACUCCAGAUGAAUCUACAAUCUUGGAGAUGCAGUAACCGUGGGUGAUUUGUCAAAUUUCUUCAACUUUGGUGCAAUUUGGUACUGCAGGGUACUUG